AUGACCGAAAUAGAUAAAGUGGAUAUAACCAAUCAACAAAAAGAAAAUAACGAAAAGCAAGCAGACCCUAAUAAUUAUAAUUUUCCUGAAGAAAAAAGUCAUUGGGAAAAAUAUAAACUUUACUACUUAGUUGGCGGGAGUUUUUUUCUCACCACCUUAAUUAUCUUGAUUAGCAAUCUCAACACCAAUAAGCAGAUUAGAAAAAUUAAUUCAUAUUUACAAUUGGGCGGAAACAAUUAUUCUUCUUCCUCUUUUUUUUCUGACCUUGAUUCUCCAUCAAUGACUAGUUAUUCGCGUCGUUUGGAGACUGAACCAUUUCCAGAAUAUGUUAAGAAAAGAGUGAAAAAAGAAAUUAAAAAAAUUCAAAGAGGUUCCUUUGGCGGUCAAACCAAAGAAAAUAGAGAAGAUUCGGAAAAUGAUAAUUUAAUUGAAGUAAAGCAAACCCUUGACAAAGAACAUUUUGGGAUGAAGAAAGUGAAAGAAUUAAUUAUCGAACACCUGGCUGUGAAAAAACAGGCGAAAAAAAAGCUUGGCACAGUUCUUUGUUUGGUUGGUCCACCCGGAACGGGAAAGACUAAAAUUGCUGGUUUAAUUGCUCAGGCCCUUGGUCGACCAUUUGAGAGAGUUUCCUUAGGUGGCGUUCACGAUGAAGGAGAAAUUCGCGGACACCGCUCUACUUAUGUCAGUGCUAAGCCAGGAGUAAUUGUUCAAGCUUGCCAGCGAGCCAAAGUAAAAAAUCCGGUAAUCCUUGUUGAUGAAGUUGACAAAAUGAAUGAAAGUAAAUAUGGCGGAAAUCCGGCCGCGGCUUUCUUGGAAAUCCUUGACCCGGAGCAAAAUGAAAAUUUUCGCGACCAUUAUAUCGAACUACCAGUUGAUUUGUCCCAAAUAAUGUUUAUUUGCACCGCCAACCAAAUAGAUACCAUUCCGGGACCUUUACGAGACCGAAUGGAGAUAAUUGAAAUACCUUCCUACACCAAAGAUGAUAAACAAACAAUUGCCGAAAAUCAUUUAGUUCCUAGAUUGCUAAAGAAAUGUAAUCUUACUAACGAGCAAAUAACUUUUGAGAGUUCGGCCAUUCAAGAAAUUAUUGACCAUUAUACUUGGGAGGCAGGGUUAAAAACUGAAAAUAUUACUGCGGAAAAAGUUCGAGAAUAUUUAGGCAAACCUGAAAUUUCUGACUUGACCUUUGAAGCCGAUUAUUCUAAGUCCGGAGUAGUGAAUGGUUUAAGUGCUUAUAAUCCAGAAAUAGGAGGGGGUAAUGUUUUACCAAUUGAA